GCGCCCGCCAAUGGGCGUCCCGGGGCGGGUCUGGGCCCGGCAUCCCGGCGCGGCUCAAUGGGGCGGCGGGGAAUCUGGGCCCAGUGCCUGCUUCGCAGAGCACCCGGGCUUCUGAAGCCUUACCUGGUUAAACUGGAAUUGAAGCAAGACAACGCCAGCCCCUCCUGAUCCUAAAAAGGGCUCGCCAGUUGACUCUGUCCUCGUGGGAAAGAUGGGGAAGGGCUACAAGGUCGUGGUUUGUGGAAUGGCCUCAGUGGGAAAGACUGCAAUUUUGGAACAGCUUCUCUACGGAAAACAUACUGUUGGCUUAGAAGAGGGUGCCACAAUGGAAGAUGUCUAUUUGGCAUCAGUGGAGACAGACCGAGGUGUGAAGGAACAGUUACGGCUUUAUGACACCAGGGGUCUACAGGAGGGAGUAGAAUUGCCAAAACACUAUUUCUCUGUGGCUGAUGGCUUCGUUCUGGUGUACGCUGUGACCAGCCUCGAAGCUUUCCAAAGAGUCGAACUGCUCAAAAAGGAGAUCGAUGUCUUUAGAGACAAAAAAGAGGUAACAGUUAUUGUCUUGGGAAACAAAACUGACCUCCUGGACCAAAGGCAAGUGGAUACAGAAGCAGCACAGCAAUGGGCCAGGGCUGAGAAAGUGAGACUGUGGGAAGUGACUGUGACAGAUCGGAAAACACUGCUUGAGCCCUUCACCUACUUAGCUAGCAAACUCUCCCAGUCCCAGAACAAAUCAACAUUUCCCUUGCCUGGAAGGAAGAACAAAGGGAAUAACUGUGAUAACUAAGCUACUUUAGCAUUGUCUGCUGCUGCUGGGUCACAGCCUAUGUCCUUUCUGUGCCAUUUGCUUCUCACAAUUUCACUUAAAGCAAUAAUCUCAUUCAGCAAUAAAAUCAGCAAGCUUAUGGCCGA